UAUCUUUCAACCCUUUUGACGCAGGUUAUUGGCAUUUCUGGGUUUUUAAUUCAGGCUUCAGCAGCAGUGGGAAACGAGACUGUUUGACACCUUGCGGCCACUGAGAGGAGCCAACACAGCACUGUGAAUUAUGGGUCCUCCACCCUUUUUUGUUGCUAUAAAAAAGCGCUGAAAGAUUUCAAACAGGAAAUGCAACAGUUGAUUUCUCAACUGACAGGAAGUGUGUGAAGCCACUGAGGCCCUCUGUGGUUUUGGUAGAGGCACCACUGAAGCCCUGCGUUCAUCAGCACUUCUCUUCUCUUCACUCAAACCUGCGCUCUUCACUUUUUCACCACUGAUGCCUGAGCGAAAGAGCGAGGGAUCAAAGAGAGGAGUGUAAAAUUAAGGAGGAGGAAAGGAUGGAGAGCGUUUCGUGGGAUCAGCCGGCUAGUGUGGUGGAGCUGGUGGAGGCUUGUAUCAAAGCUUUCGACAAUGAAGGUGUCCUAAAGGAUCCUUCUCUCGUACGAAUGUUUCUCACCAUGCAUCCCUGGUACCUUUCAUCCAGUGACCUGGCCAAGAAGCUCCUUCAAAAGUCUCAGCAACAGGAUUGUUCUGCAAAUCGCCAGUCGCAGAUUUGUCACCUUGUCAAGUACUGGAUAUCAGAGUUUCCAGCCGAGUUUGACCUGAACCCGGCGCUGGCUGAGCAGAUCCGCGGUUUGAAGGAGCGACUGGAGCAAAAUGGAGACGUGAGGCGCAGUUUGCUCAUCGACAUUGACAGCAUCCCAUCAUAUGAAUGGCGGCGUCAGCUGGAUGAAACUGUCCAGAAAAAGCGCAAGACCUCUCUUCUAUUCGACCACCUAGAUGCCUCCACCCUUGCCGAACACCUCACAUACAUGGAAUACAAAUCAUUCUGCAAAAUUCUGUUUCAGGACUACCACAGUUUCGUGAUGCACGGCUGCACGGUGGAUAAUCCCAUUCUGGAGCGUUUCAUUACUCUGUUCAACAGUGUUUCGCAGUGGAUCCAGAUCAUGGUCCUCAGUAAACCCACAGCCCAGCAGAGAGCAACCGUCAUCAGUGAAUUCAUCAAAGUGGCUGAGAGACUGCUGCAGCUGCAGAACUUUAACACACUGAUGGCUGUAGUUGGAGGCCUCAGCAACAGCUCCAUCGCUCGACUCAAGAACACACAAGCUCUCAUCAGCAGCGACACACGCAAGGUGUUUGAUGGAUUGGUGGAGCUGGUCACUUCCUUUGGAAACUACAGCCGCUAUCGUCAGCGUUUCUCUGAAUGUUCAGGAUUCCGCUUCCCCAUCCUUGGGGUUCAUCUGAAGGACCUGAUUGCCGUCCAUGUGGCUCUGCCUGAUUGGAUCGACCCAGAAAAGACCAGGGUCAACCUAACCAAGACCUAUCAACUAUACGCCAUCCUGGAGGAGCUGGCACUCAUUCAAAGCACUCCCCCCAACAUAGAGGCCAACACAGACCUGCUCAAUCUACUUAUAGUGUCUUUGGACCAGUACCACUCAGAGGAUGAUAUAUACCAGCUGUCUCUACAGAGGGAGCCUCGCAGUAUUAAACUCUCGACCUCCAGCUCAAAGUCACAGUCUCCUCUAAUAGAACAGUGGGCAUCUUCAGUCAAACCCAAAGCGGAUCCAUCCAUUAUCAACAAGCACAUCGAGAAAAUGGUGGAGUCAGUUUUCCAAAACUAUGACACCGAUGGCGAUGGCUACAUUUCCCAAGAGGAGUUCGAGAUCAUCAGGAGCAAUUUCCCCUACCUCGGCAAGUUUGACGAACUGGACCAAAACCAGGAUUGUAAAAUUAGCCGAGAGGAGAUGAUUGAGUACUUCACCAAGGCGAGCUCUUUACAGAACUGUAAGAUGGGUUUUGUUCACACGUUUGCAGAGACGAGCAGCAUCAAGCCUUCAUUUUGUCGCCACUGCUCUCGCUUGAUAUGGGGAUUUUACAAUCAGCGAUGCAAAUGCAAAGUGUGUGGAGUGAGCUGUCAUAAAGACUGUGUGAGUCGUUUGGCCAUUGAGUGCCGUAAGAGAACGCAGAGUGUCAGUGUUUAUAAUGAUGUGUCCUCAAAGGCCACACGCUCCUUCAGCUUUCCACCUCCACAGAGCACUGAGACCAUAGCAGAGAGCCCAGUGAUCUGCACAGACCCUUUGCAGGAUCAGGAUGAGGUUUUUGAUGUCUACCUUUGAUGAGAUCUGAAAAGAUGAUGUAUAUUGCCAACACAAUCACCUUCUGCUUGAGAGCCUUUUUAUUACCCCAUUUUCAUGAAGAGAAAUCCAUCACCUGCCAUCAGAUACUGUAUGUUCCUUUCCGCUUCGUUCCCAGAGGAUGCUCUUGGAGAAAGCCACUCUUUUCCAGUGAGGUCCAUGAUCUUCAGAGCUGCUGCACUGGAACUUCUCAUCCACUGCUGAGCAGAACUAAUACAUGCAGGGUAUUUGUGGGGACUUUCGCAAAAAGUCUUAAAAUGUCUUAAAUUUAAAAAAACACAAUUUUAGGCCUUAAAAAGUCUUAAAUUCAUUGAAAUAUUAUCUUUUAUGUUUUAAUUUUACUUUGUUUACGUAAAGCCACCCAAUUGAUCCAAAACAAAUCCAAUAACCAACAACACAUCUUAACUUUUAGCAAAACUACUCAUAACUAGUAUUAUAACUGUAGUCCGUUGUUCGAACGUUUAGUUUUUUAAAGAGUUUUUUUUUUUUUUUUUAAGU